AUGUUCGAAGAAGCCAGCCUCAAAGAUUGGGAAAUCUACUGGAUCUACUUCUGCUGUAUCAUAGUCCUAAUCCCAGUAUGUGUCAUGAUCAUAGAUAAGAGCAGAGGCAUGUUUUUGGCAGCUUAUUCAUUCAUAUUCGUGGCAACUGUUCCAUGGAACUUGACCCACGGCUUCUCUGAUGUUGAUGAUCAGAUAAUUUGGUCAGAGCUAUCAGCUGAGUUUUUACAAGUCAAGAAAAAGGAACUAUCAGGCUCAAAGGAGAUUUAUAAAGGAAGUAGGAAAUGUAUGUAUUUGAUGAAUCAUUCAACAAUGGCGGAUUUAUUCCUCAUAGAUAUCAUCUUAGAAUCUCGUACAAGCUACCUUGCUCGGUAUGGAGUCAUCUUGUUUUGCCCACUUCCAAUGAUGGUUACUCUCUUUACGAACUCUAUAUGGUUCUUUAAGAGAGGAGGCAGAGGAGAAGAUUUAGAGCCAUUUUUCCAAUUCCUAGACCGUAACUUUAACUUUUUAAUGACAUCAAGAGCUCAUCUCGGGUGCUUUCCUGAGGGCCAUAGGAGUGUAAAGCCUUACAUGCUUCCUUUAAAGACAGGAAUGGUCAGAUAUGCUUAUGAAAGAGAGCUUCUAGUCCAACCUAUUGUGGCAUUUGGCAUUGAAAACGCUAUGAGCGAAUAUACUUUCCGCUUGGAUUGGACUAAAGGAGCCUUAAUAGAGUACUACUCUUCAGAUAUAAUAGAUCCAAGGGAUUAUAAACCUGAUGCGGACUCUAAAGUGCCAAAAUCAGACCGAAAUUUACAAGGAUUCCAUAAAACUGUGGAAAAAAUCAUUAACAAAUCAUUUGAAGAGAAUCAUGCCAAGGUAGAUCCCACCAACAAUAGGGAGAAAUAUCUCCGAGAUGGUGAAGAGAGGGACUUGUACACCAAUGCUCCCAUUGGGUCUAAAUGUGCAGCGAUGAGGGAAUAUGUCACACAGAAAAGAAGGAAGAAGAGACAUUAA